AUGUCAAACGGACACUACCAGUUCCACUACGGGCUGCAGGACAGCCAGUCAUAUGGAGAUUCGAGACAUCUCCCCUCCCCAACGCCCUCUUUCGACCACGCGCCCAUCCAGGCACCUCAACUUCGCGACCGUGCGCCCUCCUGGACGUCCGUCACCAGCACUUACACCGGGUACGACGGAGAGGACGCAGUUACCUAUCCAACCCCGGAUGCGCUUGCUUGCAAAGAAUGGAUCCUGCAGCAGGAAUUGAAACGACAGGGGGAGGCGAUGUUGGCAGCACGUGGUUACAACAUGGGGGCGGCGGAGACCCCACCACAGAGCCGGGAGAUGACUCCGAGUGAUGGUUCGGCGUCGACGUACGACGGGUCUGACGACGAUGAAGAUACAGAGACGGAGGGAGGGGAUUUCGACGACGGAGCGAGCUCGAUCUCUCGUAUUCGCUAUCGCACCCCCUCCGUCGAGCCGACUUACUACUACGCCCGCUCGGCCACCGCGCCCCCUGCGCCUCCGACGCCCACUCGAGGACCCAUUCCUGGCACUUCUGAUUCGGUGUCUGCCGCAUCAACCAGUCUGUCCGAGUCUACGGAAGGCCGUCCUCGACGCGCCAACAAGCCAAGCUUGCGCAGGCGCGAACACGAUGAGUACAUGUCCCGGACGUCCCCCAAGAAGAAGCAAUACGGGUCAUACAGUCUCAGCGCUGGAGGAACAUCGCGACGUUUCUAA